CCAUCGAAGAAGAAUUAGAACACAUGCGUCCACACUUGCUUCCUGCUCAGUUCCACGCGUUGUUCAGAAUCAAAAGGUAGCUCGUUUUAAAGCAAAGUAACAAUGCCUAAAGCCAAAAAGAAAAGGAAAGGAAACACGUUUGACUACAGUAAAGACAGAAAGAAACUUAAAAAGCAGUUUAAGAAAAGGGAAGCCCCGAGAAUAGAGUGUCCUCAGAUCCGAAAUGCCUGGAGUGACAAAAAGUCUGUGGCAAGAAACUUGCGAGACAUGGGUCUGGCAUUUGACCCAAACCGCGCCCUCCCAAUUAAGACACCAGCUAUUGCUGCUGUGGGGAGAACUGAAGAUGCUACCGCUCCCAAACUUGUAAGGAAGCCAUAUGUACUCAAUGAGCUGGUGGCUGAGGCCAGUCUCCCAGAGAAAGACACAAAGACCUUAUCCACAGACUUGAUCGAGUAUGUGCAGUACAUGGUCAGGGAACACAGCGAGAACUACAAGGCUAUGGCCAGAGAUGAGAAGAACUAUUACCAGGACACUCCCUCGCAGAUCAGGAGGAAAGUGGACCAGUAUAAACGUUGCCAUCCAGAGGAAUACACCACCUUCAUGGAGUCUCUCAAAGGUGGGAAAGCAGUUUCCACAUAACUGGCUGUCUGUGGUGGGAAAAGACGUUCAAUGUGAAGGGGGGAAGAAACCAUUCCUCUUCAGCAAGUAUUGUGACUGUGGUAAAGAUGAACAGGAGAUGGGGGUCAAAGUGCACCCAGAAACACAAGCUUUCUUAAUUUAGAAUAGACGGUGAGUUGGGAUUUUAAAGAACUGUAAACAUUUGAGAAAAAGACAAGACAAGAUUUAACAUGCAUAAAAUACUCUUUUUUUUCUCCUUCAUACUUAUAGUAUGUUUCCCCAAAAUACAGUUACACAAAUGAUAUACAGUAAGAACAUUUAAGUCUGCUUUUGUAAUGAUGUCAACAUAUGUUUGUAAGUUUCAUUAAUGCAUUUCCUCUUUGGAUUUUUUUUUGGGAAGAUGUAUAAGCAUAGUCAUUUGUCAAGCUUGUACAAAAGGUUGUAACAAUGUCACUGUAAAAAAUAAAAGUCAGAAACCUUA